CUUCGUCUUCCCUACGAGCUACGAAGAAAAAUCUACUCCUACCUCUUACCUCACACAGAAACAAAAUCCUCAGCAGGAAGCUUAGUUUCGGAUUCUACGGGGACGAGCAAUGCAGCGUCUUCAGCACACAAGAUUCAUCUUGCGUCGUUGCCGAGUGCAAAGUAUACAGCAAACACCACUCUAUGGCACAGAGGUCAGACGUCUCUGCUUGCGGUUUGCAAACAAUUGCAUUCUGAAUGCUCUGCCUUGCUCUACGGCGAAAACGUCUUUGUGCUUUGGGUUUCCUAUGACGCUAUUCAGUUUCGGUUCAGGUGGGUGUUGGCUAGUGGGUUGGCGCCUUCAUGCACAUUUGACUUUUUACAGCUGGUCAAGGGAGGGUAUUUGGGGUUGGUGAGGAGAGUUAUGGUGACUGUGGAUGUGGUGGAUGAGUAUACCGGCAUGAUAAAGUUCAAUGUCGGAGGUAGUGGGUUGGUGUACGGGUUGAAACUGCAAGUGAGGAAGUUAGUCAGGGCGAUG